AUGGCCUCGAUACUCCCCAUCCGGCGGCCCUUAGCCACUCUCGCAGCCCGCGCCGCAAAGCAGCCAUUCACGACCGGCGCCGUCCUCUCAACCUCUUUCUCUAUCCCUAACCUCUCGCCCGCAGCGCCCCGAAGCCUCGCAACAUCCCGCGUUCUCCCGCUCCCGCCGAGGCACCUCCGGUCUCAAACCACCAGACUCGCACCGCGCGCUCUCCAGCAGCAAUCCAUCCGCCGCCAAAGCGACGAUGCCAGCCAACAACAACGCCCUUUCCGGAGCUUGAAGUUUGAAGACAUCAACGCCGCCCUCCCCGCCGACCCCAGCGCACCGCCCUCCCCACCCGCCACGCCGCAGAAGAAGCUCAUCCUCGUCGACGUCCGCGAGCCCGCCGAGCUGAUCUCCACAGGCAUCAUCCCGUCCGCGGUAGCUGUCCCGCUUGCCUCGCAGCCCGACGCGCUCUUCCUCUCGCCGGACGAGUUCGAGACGCGGUUUGGGUUCCCCAAGCCCGCCGCCCACGGGGACGACCAGAUCGUCUUCUACUGCAAGGCCGGGGUGAGGGCGCGCACGGCCGCGCAGUUGGCUGUGCAGGCGGGGUAUGAUGCGGACCGGAUCGGCGUUUAUGAGGGGAGUUGGUUGGACUGGGCGGAUAAGGGAGGGAGGGUGCAGAAGUGGGAGGGGGAGCUUGAGUAA